CUUUAAACUUUUUUUUUUGUUCCCUUUGCCUUUCCCCUUUCCUCUUUCGCUCCUCCUCAUUCAUAUUACAAAAUGUCCAUCUGGAAAUUCAGAAAUUGGGUCAUCGAUCCGGAUUUCCCGCGGCAAGAGCAACUCGAAAAUCUUCGCUACUACAAGUAUGCAGCAACUGACAAGUCGUUAUUGACGAAAUAUGUGCUUCGGCACUACUGGAACUGGGCAGUGACACUGUUUCCGACAUGGAUGGCACCGAAUCUUAUUACACUGACUGGCCUUGUCCUGAUGAUGUUCAGCGUGGCUGUUAUUCUUACGUAUGUACCUGACUUACUAUACUCGGACGAAACGCCGCGCUGGAUCUACUUUUGCUUCGCAGCAAGUCUUUGGCUGUACAGCACACUCGACAAUGUGGACGGAAAGCAGGCAAGAAGAACCGGAACAUCGUCACCGUUGGGAGAAUUGUUCGACCAUGGAUGCGACGCGAUCAACUGCACAUUUGUAGCGCUGCUUCAAGCUGCAGCUCUCGGAUUGGGCCAUAGUGGCGAUGCGGGUAUUUUACUACUGGUGACGGUCGUCGGAUUCUACUUGUCGACAGCCGAAGAAUACUACACCGGCGUGCUCUACUUGGGCAUCGUGAACGGACCGACGGAAGGCAUUCUUGUGUCAUGUCUCGCUUUCGUUUGGUCAGGGAUCUUUGGUGCGGCAUCGUGGCACAUCCCUCUGCGCGACAUCUCGUUGCUGAGUGGGAUUGCAGAGUACUUGCCUGAAAAUGCAAACUUUGCAAAGGUCUUCGUCUGGGGUAUGGUAUUCUUCUUUCUGACUACCCAUUUGCCAUUCUGCAUCCACUCGAUUUACAGUGCCUCCAGCUCCGAACCUGUGAAACGUCGUCUAGCCAUCUUUGUCAAUGUCUUGUAUCCCAUCGUUCUCUACACUGCUGCCGUGUCCCUCUGGAUGUGGUCGCCGUACUCAAUCAUCUUUGAUCAGGAGCACUACAUUCUCUUCUCGCUCGCCGCCGGCAUCAUGUUUGGCAUGAUGGCAUCGAAUAUCAUAUUGGCCCAUCUGACCUUAUCACCGUUCCCUUCAUUCACUGGAAUUCUCGGAUCGCUGUGGCUGAUGGCACUCCUUGUUGGCAUUGUGCCAUCCAUUCUUGGAAAACGCAUCCUUGCCCCUGAGGCCGAACACUUGGCGAUUUGGAUCUACUGUAUCAUUGCGGUGGUCGUAUACAGUAUUUGGGCAUCUAUGGUGAUCGAUGGCUUUUGCCGGUUCUUGGGAAUACGCUGUCUCGUGAUAAGUCAUGCUGAACAACGGCCAGUGCCCUCAUCGUCAUCCACUUUGCCAGAACAAGCCCAGGAGCAAGACUCCUUGUUGCAGGCCCAAGAAGAGGGAGCUGGAAGCAGCAGCAACAACAACAGCAGAAACGGAGGACCCUCUUAUAGCACGUUUUAAGCACGGCCCUGAAAGUUCGAUCUGUUUAUUAUGUUUUUCUAGAAAACAGAGAUACCUCUAAAAAGUACCCCCGGUAACUAACAAAACCGCUAUAUAUUUAUACAACCUACCACUAUCAUAUUUCUCGAGCGAAUACAUACAUAUUCAUUAAUUUGAGAAUGGGCGAAUAUAUCUGUACGUCAGAUAAGCACUAUUUCUAAGU